UGUUGUGUGUCGUCAGACUACAGAGAGCUAUUACAUGGAUGGAGGGAGACAAUGCAGACUGUGUCCACCAGGUCAUUAUCAGAGUUCCUGUUCAGAGUGCUCUCCCUGUCGAGAUGGUUCCUACACAACACGAUUGAAUGCUGAGUCCAGUUGUCAUUCCUGCUUCAAAGACUGCAAACGUGAUUUGCACCUGGUGGAGGAUGAGCCAUGUACUUCUGUAUCGAACGCUAGAUGUCGCUGUGAGGCUGGUUUUACCUGCACCGACAAAGACGACCAGACAGGAAACUGUAGAGACUGUGAGAAGAUCCCUCAGCUGCCCCCACCUCCCCUGCCACCUAGCAAUGAAGUGGGCAUCAGAAACAACCAGACAGGAACUUCCUCUGAACACAGCAGGACUUCCUCUUCCGCUGGACGCUGUCAACCUCCCAACUGUGACACUCCACGAUCACCAGUCUCACAAGCAGCUGACACCAGCAAACACUUGGCAGCCAUUUUGUGUCCUAUGAUGGUCAUUGGAAUCCUAGCCGUUAUCUUUCUGUUAUGUAUCCGUCACCCAGGAAAUGAAGCCUGUUUAAAACAAGCUCUCAAGUUCUGUAACAAGGGAGUAAGAGAAGCGUCGCCUAACAAGACCAGAGCCACCUCAUCAGCACAAUGCCAGAGAGACACAGCCCAGUAUUCAGCACCAGACAGUGGAUCCAACACCUAUUACAGCAGCAAAUAUGGGCCCGGUCCAUGUCCACAAUGCUGGAACAGUCAUCUUCAGUUUACUCAACCAGUUCACUGGUAUGGGUGGUGGGAUGGAAGAGAGAGGGCAGAAAGAGAGGGAUGAGGAAGGAUGUCCGACCCACCCCACACCCUCCCCUAACAUCCAUCUAUCCCAGGAGGAAAGGGAUGAGGAAGGAUGUCCGACCCAGCCCACACCCUCCCCUAACAUCCAUAUAUCCCAGGAGGAAAGGGAUGGGGAGAUGGACUGUGUAUUCUUCCCUUCACAGGAACAAGGGAAGGACAGUCACGUUUCCAAAGAGGAGGUGCAUUGAGGGGAGGGGGAUUGAGGACAGAGGACGCACCAAGUGAAAGCUUCCCUUCUAGGAUCAGUUUAGCCAACCCUACAUCCUAAUGUUAAUCAUAAGGAGGAUGAAGACUGGUCUGACCCUGGAUCAGUGGUAAGGGACAACAUCUACCUGGGGCUCUAUUCAGUCUGUAUCACUGAAGCGUUACAGAUUGCUUGAUAGAAAUGUAAAGGUAAUUUUUGAUUGAGCCAACAUAUGCAGUGUUUAUUUCCUGUUCUAGACUUAGAGCUAGACAUCUCACUAUGGUGGUUAUGUACACAUCCACUUGCUCUCAUUUUAUUGAACUGUAUAAUAAGCUUUCAGUCUCAACUGCUGCAAACUGUUUUUUCUGUGUUCAUGUGGCACCUUGAACUGUUUUUGCACAAAUUAAAACCAAAAUAUGAA